AUGGCACUGUUCGCUCGCUUCCGCCUCCAAUCUCUACACCUCCGCCACCACUACCACCACCAGCACCACCACUUCAACUUCUCCACCUUCCCGCUCUCGUCCACAUCCAAAACACGCGCCGCCCUUUCUCUCCUCAAAACCGAAACCAACCCCGAAAAAAUCCUCGAAAUCUGCCGCUCCGCUUCCCUAACUCCCGAAGCUCACAUCGACAGAAUCACUUUCUCAGUCGCCAUUGACAAGCUCGCCAAAUCCAACAACUUCUCUUACAUCGACGAAUUCCUAACGGAGCUCCGCACUUCACGCCCUGAUCUCCGCACCGAACGGUUCGCUGCUCAUUCCAUCGUCCUCUUCGGCCAAGCUGGCAUGGUCGAUCAUGCGAUUCGGCUUUUUAAGGAAUACCACGAGGAGAAUCAAAAGGAUGCCGUUUUAUCUUCUGGGUCAGUGAAAAUAUUGAAUUCUUUGCUUUUUUCGUGUGUUGCAGCUAGAAAAUACGAUGAAGUGAAAAGGGUUUUUGUUGAUUUUACCAAGAGUUAUAAAAUCGAGCCGAAUUUGGAUACUUAUAAUACUGUAAUUCAGGCUUUUAGUGAGAGUGGGAGUUCUAGUUCUGGUUAUUCGAUUUUGAAUGAGAUGGAUAAGAAGGGAGUGAAGCCAAAUUCAACUACAUUUGGGUAUUUGAUUACUGGGUUUUAUAACGAACAGAAGUAUGAUGAUGUAGGAAAAGUGUUGAAAAUGAUGAAGGAGGAUUAUGGGAUAAAUGGUGGGAUUAGUAUUUAUAAUAUUAGGAUUCUGAGUUUGUGUAAACUUAAGAGGUCGAAAGAAGCAGAAGCGUUGUUAGAAGGGUGUAUAUCGAGGCGAAUGAAGCCGAAUGCGGUUACAUAUAGUUAUUUGAUUCAUGGGUUUUGUAAGGAAGGUGAUUUGGAGGAAGCUAAGAGGUUGUUUAAGAGUAUGGUGAAUAGAGGGUGUAAACCGAAUUAUGAUUGUUACGCUACUCUGGUUCACUAUUUGAGUAAAGGUGGGGAUUUUGAAUCAGCAUAUAGGGUUUGUAAGGAGGGCAUCGGGAAGAAAUUGGUGCCGAAUUUUUCAAGUAUGAAGAUGUUAGUGAAUGGGCUUGCGAGCAGCGGGAACUUGGAGAAGGCAAAAGAGCUUAUUGGGGAAAUGAAGGAGCGGUUUUCGAAGAAUGUUGAGUUGUGGGAUGAGGUUGAAGCUGGGUUGUCUCAGUAG